AUGAUUGAAGGCUCUAAUCCCAUUCGCCCCUUACCGCCGGCUCUUCAGAAGGUGGCUAUCGAGGAGCUGAACGAAGUGCCAAGUCGAGUGGAAUCAGACGUAGCUACCUUGAAGGAAUGGCUGAAGAAGCAACCUCAUAUCUGUGCCUGUCUCGAGGAUCAGUUCCUGGUCAGCUUCCUCAGAGGAUCCAAGUUUAGUCUGGAGAAGGCCAAGCAAAAGAUUGAUCGCUUUUACAGCUUGCAAGCGGUAAUACCUGAGGUCUUCAACGAACAUCGCUUGGCGGAUGAUUCCCAGGUGCUGGAGAUUAUCCGAAUGGGGGUUAUCUUGCGCAUUCCCCUUGACAAAGAGGAUACCGGGCCAGCUGUGACCAUAAUUCGAGCUGGUUCCUAUGAUAUCAAUAAAUUCAAGUUCCAGGACAUCAUUCGAGUGGGUUCCAUGUUUGGCGAGAUCAUGAUGCUGGAGGACGAUAACUCCUCGGUCAGUGGAUACCUGGAGAUUAUGGACAUGAGUGGAGUCAGCGGAGCGAACCUGUUUGCCCUCCAGCCGCAACUUCUCAGCAAAUUCUCGGCCUAUGCAGACGAGGCAAUGCCAACGCGCCAGAAAGGAAUCCAUUUCAUCAAUGUGCCCAAGGCUUUUGAGAUCGGCUUCAAGUCACUGCUGGGAUGGUUUCCGGAUAAAAUUAAAGAGAGGGUCUCAGUUAGCUCCGACCCAGAGGCUAUCUUUGAGCGAGUUCCCAAGCAUUAUCUUCCAGUGGAGUAUGGAGGUACUAAAGGCACCAUGAAAGACAUAACCACCGAGAUGGAGGCUAAGCUCUCCAGUUAUCGCAGCUACUUUGAGGAAUGCCAGCAUUUCGGAACAAAUGACAAGUUGCGCGAAGAACCCUUGAAAUUGGAUCCCGCAGAGAGCCACUUCGGGGUAGAUGGCUCUUUCCGCCGGUUGGUCAUCGACUGAAUCGGUUAAAAUACCUGUAAACUCAUCUGGGCCAUAAAGCCAUAAUAAAACGCUUUCGAUAA